CAGCAAUAUAAAUAAUAUUAGUUUAUUGUUGUCAAGUUUAAGCGGUGCAUUGACUCGAUAGCCUUUGUGGCCAGUGGACGUUUAUUAUAUUAACUUAGCAUAAGUAUAUUAUAACUGUUAUAUAGGUACUUACUAUACCCAACAUUUUAAAGUGUAAAAGUGUAAAUAAACUGCACAGUGUCACCUUUAAUAUUGUAAUUUGUGAUUUGCAUUUAAACGAUGCUUUAUAAUAAUUUGUUUAUGAAUACAUUCGUUAUUUGUUAUAUUAUUUUAUCCUCUGUACCGCAUUCGUUCAACCAAAAUGUGGGGCCACUUGUAAAAAUGACCAAUGGCCAAGUGUGGCCGAAACCUGCGCGUCAACACAACUACGACAAAUACUUAAGAUUUGAACCAGAAGAUUUUCAUUUUAAUAGUACUGGUUAUAGUUGUGAUGACCUUCAAGAUGCAUUUAAAAGGUAUAACUCUAUGCUAUUUUUAAAAGCUACGAAAACUUUUAAGCAACAUAAUAGUUUAUCUACGAAUUUUAUCAUUGGUAAGCUGGAUGUGCUGAAUGUGAAGAUGACAAAUCCAUGUGAAAAUUAUCCUUCGUUAAAUAUGGAUGAAAAAUAUGAAAUCAAAAUAAAUAAUUCCAGUGGACUKUUAUUAGCUUCAUCUAUCUGGGGUAUUCUCAGGGGUCUAGAAACUUUUUCUCAGUUAGUUUAUUUGGAAGCAGAUGGUUCGACGUUUGUAAUUCGGUGUACGUCAAUAGUAGACUAUCCGAAAUUCAGGCAUCGAGGAUUUCUAUUAGAUACAUCUCGCCAUUAUUACCCCAUCGAAUUAAUAACGAAAACUUUAGACGCCAUGUCUUAUUCAAAAAUGAACGUAUUUCAUUGGCACAUAGUGGACGACAACAGCUUCCCGUAUCAGAGCAGCGCUUUUCCAAACCUGAGUGAAAGAGGAGCUUACGGAAAAUCAGCCAUUUAUACGAAAGAUGAUGUCAAACAUGUAAUCGAAUACGCAAGACUUCGAGGCAUUCGUGUUAUCCCAGAAAUCGACACCCCAGGACAUGCAUUAUCUUGGCGACUUGGUGGCAUUCCGGGACUAUUUACUCAGURUUCAGAUUCUGACCCAAAUAAUUUUGGCCCUAUCGACCCAACAGUCGAAAAAAACUACAAAUUUAUCAAGACGCUAUUAUCUGAAAUCGUUGAGUUAUUCCAAGACAAUUAUUUACACCUUGGUGGCGAUGAAGUAAAUUCGACGUGUUGGACAACGAACAAAAGGAUACAAGUUUUUAUGCACCGCAAUAACAUGAAAAACGUCACCGAAUUAAAAACUUACUACUUCACAAACAUAUUCAAAAUGACGCGAACUUUAAAAACCAUACCCAUUGUGUGGGAAGAAUUAUAUGACGAGAAUAUCCAACUCGAUUCCAACGUUGUAGUACAAGUGUGGAAGAGUGAUUAUAACUCUUCGAUAAUGUCGGAGAUAAUGAAAUGCGGACAUCCAGUGCUGUUUUCCAGCUGCUGGUACAUGAACUACAUCAAAUACGGUAGAGAUUGGCUGAACUUCUACAGGUGCGAUCCGACUGCCGUGGCCGGCGAUAACCGAUUGUUUUUGGGUGGCGAGGCCUGUAUGUGGGGUGAGUUCGCUGACGAAACAAACUUAUUACCAACCACGUGGCCCAGAACCUGCGCUGUGGCCGAAGUGCUCUGGUCGCAUCAGCUCAACGAGACUGAAGCCAAGAACAGGCUUGAGGAACACGUUUGCAGGAUGAGGCGGAGAGGAAUACCCGCUCAGCCGGCCAAUGGACCCAGCUAUUGCCAUUACUAGAGCAUUGGAAUAUUAUCGUAUCGUAUUGAGUACCUAUAGACUAUAUUAUUGUUUAAAAUGAAAUACCAAAAUAUAUUACUAUUUUAAACUAUU